AUGUCCCCGCGCCACAAGAACCGCAAAGGCUGCUCACAGUGCGGCCACUGCUGCACCUGGAGAGCCGACAAAGCUUUCCGCCGCACCACUAAGGCCUUUGGAUCAGAGUUCAAGAAAUUCAAGGUCUGCAACCGCUGCAGCCGCAAGUACAGAAAGGAGCCUCUCAGUAAGGAGGACUUCAUGAACCAGUACGGUGGCGCUGAUCACUCCGAGUAUGCUACUACCAAGACCCCAAACCGUCUGCGCAAGAUUUCCAGCACAGAAUGGCUCGCUAACCAGAACAAAUCGCCUAGCUCCGAUCCGGAUGAUGAUGACGAGGAUGACGAGGAUGACGAUGAGCCCAAGAACGAUGGAAACGGCGAUCAGGGCGGUGGCUCAGCCCAGGGAGGCAUGGGCCAUGCUGUUUCUGUGGCCUAG